UGUAAACAAAUCCGCACUGAGCAUGCGUCACUACAGUAAUGGAGGAUUGUCUUUACUACCCCGCCUGAUGUCUGCGUUUGUGACAUUACAAAUGUGACCAGGAGUAAGGGACUCGUCCAUACUUCGGAGACAAGUUGAGGUCAAAGGAACAAUCUCACGAUGACUACGGAUAAGCCAGUCCAAAGUACGGGCCCCAGGCUCAUGACCUUCACCCCCUCUGUAGAGGAGUUCAAGGACUUCAGCUGGUACAUUGCCUACAUGGAGUCACAAGGAGCACACAAAGCUGGAAUAGCAAAAGUUAUUCCACCUAAAAGCUGGAAACCAAGACAGACGUAUGAUGAUAUUGGUGACCUGGUUAUUCCUGCUCCAGUUCAGCAGGUGGUAACUGGCCAAUCAGGACUUUUCACACAGUACAACAUCCAGAAGAAGCCAAUGACCGUUCAGGAGUUCCGCAAGACCUCCAAUAUUGACAAGUUCUGCAAUCCACAGUGUGUGGAUUUUGAUGAGCUGGAGAGAAAGUUUUGGAGGAACCUGACCUUCAACCCACCCCUGUAUGGGGCUGAUGUCAGUGGAACGCUGUAUGAUCCAGAUGUGACUGAGUGGAACAUUGGUCAUCUCAACACCAUUCUUGACACUGUGGAAAAUGAAAGUGGGAUCAAAAUCAAAGGAGUCAACAUGCCAUACCUCUAUUUUGGGAUGUGGAAAAGUGCCUUUGCAUGGCACACAGAGGACAUGGAUCUGUACAGCAUCAACUACCUUCACUUUGGAGAGCCUAAAUCUUGGUAUGUGGUCCCACCAGAGCAUGGGAAAAGAUUGGAACGACUUGCUAAAGGUUUCUUUCCUGGAAAUGCCCAGAGCUGUGAAGCUUUCCUACGCCAUAAGAUGACUUUAAUUUCUCCCUCAGUUCUGAAAAAAUAUGGCAUACCAUUUGAGAAGGUUAUUCAGGAGGCUGGGCAGUUUAUUGUGACAUUUCCAUUUGGCUAUCAUGCUGGUUUCAACCAUGGUUUCAACUGUGCAGAGUCAACCAACUUUGCCACCCAGCGAUGGAUUGAUUACGGCAAACAGGCUAAACUGUGUUCAUGUCGGCAGGACAUGGUAAAGAUCUCCAUGGAUGUGUUUGUGCACAAGUUUCAACCAGACCGAUACAAACUUUGGAAAGCAGGGAAAGACACCACUCCCAUUGACCACUCCAAACCUACCCUGGAGGCUGCUCAGUUUCUAAGAGAUAUGGAGGAGACUCCCAAACUUAUUCCUAGUGAAGAUGGAGCUGAAAAGCCAAUCACGCCUGUCCAGGAGAACAACAGUCUUAAGCCUCAACUUGGGACAGACCACCAGCUUGACCCCUUCGAAGAAUCCGGAGACUUGAAGCCUGGGCUAACGGUGAAGGAAUCAGUGAUGGUAGAACCAAAGACGGCCGAGGAGUCUAGCAAGGACUCACUGACCAAAGUCACAGACGACCCAGAAAAAGACACCGUAACAGUCAAGCUGAAGCCUAAGCUGGACAAAAUCAAGAGGCUGCAGACUAAGUCUAAUUUUAAAGUCAGCACAAAGAAAAGCUUAAACAGACGGAGUCCUCCAAAAAAAGAGAAGAACAGUAUGUCAACCUUUGAUGCCUUUGAGAAACCGGGGGUCACCCUGUGCUCUGAGAAGGCAGGCAUCAGUGAAGAGCCCAAGCUAACCAGCAGCUGCAGCCAGACACACAACCUGUUUCAGAGGACUAUGAGCCCUGCAGAUGUCCUGCACGUUCACAGCUACGCCAAAGGAGACUAUGGAGAAGGAGAACCCCCAACCAAGGAAGAGAAGAAGAAUGAGGGCAGUGACAGUGAGAUGGAAAGAGAAUACAUACAUUUUUGCAAAGCACAGGUAACAGAGGAGGUAACAGGAGAUGGAGAGCUGAAACCUGAUCUUGGGCAGCUUCCAGGCCACCAUCCGCUCAUAAAGGACGGCAUGAGCGAUGAAGAGGCACCCCAAGAGGCCCUACCAACUGAGGAAGGUGGAAUGGAAGGGGAGAGCUGGGCUAAACCUCUGGCUUACCUGUGGCAGAACGGACCCCCCAACUUAAAGAAAGAGAGGGAGUACAACAAGCGCAUGGGCUCCAAACCUCCAUACUGCUCCAUCUGCAUGCUGUUCUACACAUACCAGCAGACUGAACGUGCAAAGAGUCUAGACAAUCCUGUCAUUGUGACUGGAGGGCAGAUGCAGACAAAACCCUUGAUCCCAGAGACAUGUUUCACCACCACCACAGAAGAGGACUCUGAGUUUGAGGAGCAACCUGUCACACCUCAUCUUGAGGAGGAUGGAACCAGCCUUCUCAUCAGCUGCUCUCAGUGCAACGUCCGGGUUCACACCAGCUGUUAUGGUGUGAAUCCAGAUAGUGCGAGUGAAGAGUGGAAAUGUGCACGCUGCAGGGCCAAUGCCAUGACAGAGAACUGCUGUCUGUGUUCACUAAGAGGUGGAGCACUGCAGAAAGCAAACAACAACAAGUGGGUACAUGUGCUGUGUGCUGUUGCUGUGUUGGAGGCACGCUUUGUCAACAUCAGGGAAAGAAGUCCUGUGGAUUUGAGUGGAAUCCCUUUGCAGAGGUUUAAACUGAAAUGUUACUUCUGUAAGAAGAGGAUGAAGAAAGUAUCUGGCUGCUGUGUGCAAUGUUCUCAUGGCCGCUGUCCAACCGCCUACCAUCCCACCUGUGCCCAGGCUGCUAGAGUUCUCAUGCAGCCAGGUGAAUGGCCCUUUGUGGUCCAUGUUACCUGCUGUAGACACAAAGGCCCCAUUCCAAAUGAACGCAAUAAAGCAGCCAUGCAUGAACUGACUGUGGGACAGAAGGUGAUAUGCAAGCACAAGAAUGGCCGCUACUACCAGUGUGAUGUAGUGCAACUGUCCAAAGACACGUUCUACGAAGUCAACUUUGAUGAUGGUUCCUUCAGCGACAAUCUCUUCCCUGAGGACAUUGUGAGCCAGGACUGUUCUCAGCUUGGACCCCCUUCACAGGGUGAAGUGGUUCAGGUGAGGUGGACUGAUGGCCUGGUGUAUGGAGCAAAAUUUGUGGCAGCUCAUGCAGUCCACAUGUACCUGGUGGAAUUUGAGGAUGGCUCCCAGCUGACAGCAAAGAGAGAUGAUGUUUACACUCUGGAUGAAGAACUCCCCAAGAGAGUUAAAUCCAGACUGUCCAAAGCCUCAGAUAUGAGAUUCGAUGGAAUCUUUGAAGAGAAGGAAAUCAUCAAAGAAUCAAAGAGACAGAGAGUGAUCAACUCACGCUACAGAGGGGACUACAUAGAGCCUGUGAUUUACAGAGCCAUCAUGGAGUAGCCCUUACUCCCUUUCUACCAAACACACCACCAGCACUGACUGACUGGACUGUGAUAAAAGGACAUUCAAUCAGAAGGCCUGACUUUUUGUACAUCUCAGUAUAUACACUUUGAUAAAGAGAAUUGUGUUUUAGUUCUUCAGUAGAGCUCAACAGUGAAGUAGACAUUUAGCCAUGGCAUACAUUGGAGGCAAAUGAAAUUAGAAUGAAUACACAAAAGUAGCAUUACAGCAUUUGACACAGCAAGACAUCUAAGAAAUACUAGGUUGACAUUAAGAUGAAAGUACUUUGAUGUUCAAGUAUGCAUGAGUGGCCUUAACAAAGGUAAAUGGUUUAUUUUGCUCACAUAUUUUGAAUUUGUAAAUGAGCAAAUUACUGUUAAAUAAUGUGCUUAAAAUGCCUCUUUUAUUGCAUUGUUUUUCUUUUUACUUUUGUCUUUUCACACGCUGUCAUCUAAUUACUAAAAAAGCUCAACCCAUCCA